AUGUUAGCUUGGCAGGAGCCACUUCCCUUGCCCGAGCUGGGCGAGGAACCCUUGGAAGCCCCUGCUAUCGUUCCGGAGCCCGAGCUGGUUGAGACUGGACCCACAGAACCUUUGGAAGCCCCUGCUGUUCUUCCGGAGCCCGAGCUGGUUAAGACUGGACCUACGGAACCUUCUGAAGCCCCAGCUGCCCAUGCUACGCCUACGAUUGAACCAGGUUACAAUCCGGGGGCGGAGUGCGAGAAGGCUGCGACCGAGAAGUGUGAGGAUGAGUUCGAUGUGCUUGCUUACAAGGGCAUUCCUUCGCGCAUCAACCAGCACGCUAUGUCUGAGAAGGUUGUGGGCCAUGGGGCUUUAGAGGAUGAGGAAGAGGAGGAGCCUAAGCCUAAGAGGGGCCGAGGCCGUGGUGGUGGCCGCGGUCGAGGUGCCAAGAAAGGUGCAGGCAAGGGACGCGGCAAGGGACGUGGCAAAGCAUCCAAGCCAGGCGGCCGCGGCAAAGGUCGCGGCAGAGGCCGCUGUGGUGCCACCUCAGAUGUUGAUCUGAAGACCCCAUCGCCGAAGCCGAAAGCCGGUGCUGCCCGAAUGGAUGACGAAGCCAACGAGACCCCUACCAAAGCAUCCCCGCCCUCAAAGACUUCAAAGCAAGCCCCGAAAGCAAAAGCGAAAGCGAAGGCUGCCCUGGCAUCGCCAUCGAAAGCCUCUCCCAGCAAGGAUUCCCCGAGCAAGCCAAAGCCGAAAGCAUCCCCGAAGGCCAAAGCUAAAGCAUGCAAUCGGAAGCCCAAGUCAUCAGCCAAGGCCAGCAAAUCCGAUAAGCCCCCAAAGGCUGCCCCAGCAGAUGAGGUUGCUGAUGUCAGGAAGCGAAAGAGGCACAGUGAUGACGACAAGAGCUUUGCAAGACGUGCUAAGCCCAAGACAAGCAGCAGCUUGAAUCACUGGACAGCCAUUAGGGAUGUCUACAAUGCCGAGCUGGCUCCGAAGUACAGUGCUGGACACCAGGACGAAUUCUGGAUGCUGGCCAAGCCGCGGAUGGUCAAGAAGGCGAGCCUUGAGGCAUGCAUGAAGGCAUUUGUGGCCGUCAUCCUCCUGGCAUAUUGGCUGGAUCCGAAACCGCCAUUCUGCAAUGAGACUUUUGAUGUCAUAGAACUCUUUGCAGGUCGGGCACGGAUCUCUAGGAUGGCCAAGGCUGCAGGUUACACAGCUGUAGCUGCCGAUCAAAAGUACGAUCCUCAUGAGAUUUCGUCCCUCCACUUGAACGAGAGCUCUGGCUUCGUGCUGGCCGUCCUCAUGAUUCUCAGCGGCUCUCCCCAGAAGGCGAUCGCUGUCCUCGGUGUGGAAUGCAGCACGUUCGUUGAGUCGGUCUGUGAGGCAAACGAGGCAACAUCCAGGACCUGCCUGCUGUUGCUCCUCCUGUCCGUUUUGGGCCACCACUUCUUCGUGGAGAACCCGGGGAUCUACCCUCCUCUCUUCGCCCGAAAGAUGGUGGAAAUGAUCGAGCCCUGCCGAGCACUGCCAGUACAGUCUUUGCAGGUGGCGGACCCGAACUCCGGCACGCCUCUCCACCAGGUGUUUGGCAACCUGUCCUGGGAUGCUACAGAUUGGGAAGAUGCUUCUGCAGCUGACGAGGCUGCUCAAGGUGGCCAGGAAGGUCCUAGCAUGUCAGAGGAGAGAGCCGAAUCAGAGAGACGGGCCCAAGAGGAAAGGGCUCUGGCAGAGGAACAAGCAAAGCAAGCACGAUUGGCGGAGGAAAGGGCUGAGGCUCUUCGUUUGGCAAAGGAGAGAGUGGAGUCCGAGCGACAGGCCCAAGAAAGUGCAGAAGCAGAUCGACAAGCAAAGGAGCAAGCUGAGGUUCUUCGGGUGCAGGAACAAGCAGAGUCGGAGCGAUUGGCCAAGGAAAGGGCUGAGGUUCGUCGGGCGCAGGAACAGGCAGAGUCAGAGCGAUUGGCCAAGGAAAGGGCUGAGGUUCUUCGGGUGCAACAGGAACAGGCAGAGUCAGAGCGAUUGGCCAAGGAAAGGGCUGAGGUUCUACGGGUGCAACAGGAGGCAGAGUCAGAGCGACUGGCCAAGGAAAGGGCUGAGGUUCUUCGUGCGCAACAGGUGCAGGCAGAGUCGGAGCGAUUGGCCAAGGAAAGGGCUGAGGUUCUUCGUGCACAACAGGAGGCAGAGUCAGAGCGAUUGGCCAAGAAAAGGGCUGAGGUUCUUUCAGAGUCAGUGCGACUGGUGGAGCAAAGGAACGAGGCUCUUCUGGCGGAUGAACGGGCUCGGCGAGCACGAUUGGCACAGGAAAGGGCUGAGGCUCUUCGACAGGCAGAGGAGAAAGGGAAGCAGGAUGAAGCACGUGCUGCAGCACUGCUAGCGGACAUAGCAGCAGAGAGGGCCAAAAAGGCAGAGCUGGCUAAGGCUAAGGCGAAGCUCGCUGAACUUCAAGCAGAGCUGAAAACCACGCUAGCGGAGACGGAUGCAAUCAUGGCGAGUCAGCAAGCACCCUUGAUUGCAAAGCCGGCCCCCGGCCUCCCGAAAGCCCCUCCUCCCACGUCGGGUGCCAUUACGAAGCGCAUCAUGAGGUGCAUGGAACCGAGCAGCAAGGGGGUCUUCAAGGUUGCAAAAGAAAUCCGGGACCAGUUUAUGGCUGGUGGCAAGUCGAAAGACAGAGUGAUGCAGCUGUUCGCUUCCUGCGACAACAAUCCGGAAAUCUUCAUCAACAAGUUCUCCGUGGAGCGCUAUAAGGAGCUGGAGCUGAUCGAUGAGUGUGUUGCAAAAGCCCAGCUGGACAAAGAUCGCAAAAUCCGGAAGCACCCCUACAAGGCCGGCCACCUCACCUACUAUUGUGAAAUCAAAGUUAAAGGCCACAACAAGAAGACCGACCGACUCCGAAUGACCGAGACAAUGGUGGAAGCUGCUAAUUUGCAAGUCAGUGGCUGUGCCGCAGCGAUCACCAUGUCCACAGAUCAUGCCUGUGCUAUACAUGAGGCUGUGCAGGCCUGCACUCGGCGAUUGAAGAAGCUGUUUGAGAUGUACGAGAAGAUCCGGGCUCUCUACACCCAGUUGGAUGGUUGCUGCGAAAAGUUGCAGCAGUCCAAGCCUGAGGGUGUGCUGGAUGGCUACACUGAUCAGCUGAUCGAAUCGUCCGAGUUGGAGACCCGUGCUAGGAUUGCAAAGCUGAUUGUGCUGCGAACUCCACCAUGUAUGCCUGGACAAGUCUAUCGAGAACCCUUGUGA